AGUAUAGUAUAUGCCGUGGUUGUGACCGAAACAGAGAUAUUGGCAGUUUCGAGUCGCCAUAUGGGGUGCGUUAACACCAAAUACACUCCUCCUCGGAGGAACGCUGAGAGGUUGAAACGAAACAAGGAGCAGCAUGCACCCAAACCAAUCAUUACUACACACUCAUCUAACAAGCACGUUGACGUGUUGGAAGACAAAGAAAUUAGAGAUAAUACUAGUAGCAAGGUAGAGGCUGUUGCUACAAACGAUGACAAGAGUCAUGAGCUUGCUAAUGCUUCAGAGGAGAAGAACAACACUGCACGCUAUGAGUUUGUGGAAGGCUGGCCAAAAUGGCUCGUUGAUAAUAUCCCUCCAAACGUUUUGGCUAGUUUGGUUCCCAAGAGUGUUGAUUCCUAUGACAAACUCGGAAAGGUGGGGCGUGGAACAUAUAGCAAUGUAUACAAAGCCCGAGAUAAAGAUACUGGGAAGAUUGUUGCUUUGAAGAAGGUAAGAUUUGACACAUCUGAUCCUGAAAGCAUAAAGUUUAUGGCAAGAGAGAUAAUGAUACUGCAGGCUCUGGAUCAUCCCAAUGUCAUGAAACUGGAAGGACUAGCAACAUCAAGGAUGCAGUAUAGUCUUUAUAUUGUUUUUGAUUACAUGCAUUCUGACCUUACAAGAAUUAUCUCCCGGCCUGGGGAGAAACUCACUGAACCACAGAUCAAGUGUUAUAUGAAGCAGCUGCUUUUGGGGCUGCAGCAUUGUCAUAAGAGGGGAGUUAUGCAUAGAGAUAUUAAACCUUCUAACUUGUUAGUAGAUAAAAAAGGGGUGCUAAAAAUUGCAGAUUUUGGGCUGGCAAAUUCUUUCGCUAUCAAACCUGAAGGACCUUUUACAAAUCGAGUGGUGACACUUUGGUAUAGAGCUCCUGAACUUCUUUUAGGAUCAACAGAUUAUGGAUAUGAAAUUGAUCUCUGGAGUGCAGGAUGCUUGUUGGCCGAGAUGUUCCUUGGAAGACCAAUUAUGCCCGGGAGGACCGAGGUUGAACAGCUUCACAUGAUUUUCAAACUUUGUGGUUCACCUUCAGCGGAUUACUGGAUAAAAAUGAAGCUAAUGACAAGCUUCCGUCCACCACCACAUUAUAAAGCUAAUUAUGAAGAAAAUUUCAAGGAUUUUCCUUCCUCUGCCUGUGCUCUCUUGGCCACUCUUCUUGAUCUAGACUCUUACUCUCGUGGCACCGCUGCCUCUGCUCUUGAAAGUGAAUUUUUCACGUCAAGUCCAUUAGCAUGUGACCUUUCAGCGCUACCAGUGAUCUACAAAGACGACGGCGAACGCUCACAAACAAAGAGACGCAAAAGGCGCAAGGGUCUGAAAAAAAAAGGGCAUGUAUAUCAAACAAGUGCAUGCAAUGUGAGUCAGUCACGAAAGAACCAAACUGCUGAACAAAGCAGGAGAGAUUCAGAAUCAGCAAAAGAGAAGAGUGUGGCACAAGACAUGAAAUGUGAAGAAACAGGGAAAAGUGGAAGCAGCACAUGGUCACUCUUUAUGAACGAGAGGAGCAUGAAUGCAUCUAUAUCCCCCGUUUUUCUCUCCAGUGUGAGAAAAUCCCCCAAAACCGAGGGCCAUCCUAAUGCUCUUAAGAACAUAAAAAACUAUACCCUCUGGCAAGCAUCUAUAAUUGAUAUGAUCAAUCGCAAUGAACUUGGUCCCUUGCGCAAGUCCUUUUCUGCAAUGGAUAUUCGACUUGAUCCAGAGAAUCUAUCAAGCCUCUACGAACCAAAUAAGAAGUUGGGCCACGAAAUGUAACUUUCUCUGCUUGUUUUCUAUUGUAUUUAUAAUCAUUUGAGUCACUCUUCCCUUUCGGAAGAUGUGAUAAAAAUAUUUAAGAAAUAAAAUUUGAACAA